AUGGCAACUCGUUCAUUACCAAUCUAUUUGGCUAUUCAAUCAAAUAUUUCUGUAACUGAUCUUCAAUCAUCUAUGUUAUCAUCAUUAAAUGAUUAUCCUAAAGUAAUAUUAUCAAUAAAAGAUAAAGUUAAUUUAUAUAAAGGUCUUGAUUGGCAACGAACAGCAGCACGUCAUGCCUUACAACAUUAUGCAAAUGCAAAUAUAAUACUUGUUAAUAUGCUUGAACAAUGUCGAUAUCUUCAUAUACCAUUAGGAAAUUUUCCUGAUGAUCCAUGUUUAUUUGCAUGUGAUCUAUUUUAUGCUCGACAUUUAAUUAAACAUAAUCAUUUAUUAUGGUGUUCAUUAACAGAUCAACCUGAUUUAGGUGGAAAAGAACAAGAUGAUUAUCGAAUGUUAUUAACAGCUGAUGUUAAUGAUAAUCAUGGAAAUAAUCAUAUGAAUUCAAAUGAUAAUAUGUUUAAAAAUGAUAAUGAAGGAAUACAUACAAAUAAACAAAAUCAUCCAUUUGAAAUAAAUCAUUCAGGAUUUUAUCCAACAUCGUGUAUUGAAUUUGAACUUGUUGGUUUAGCUAUAUGUGCUGUAUUAAAUUUUCAAAAAAUACAUGAAGCUGAAGGAUCAAAUUUUGAUCUUGGUUUUGGUACAACUGUACAAAAUCCUUUAGGUGGUCCUGGUGUUAUUCCAUCUAUAAGUAAUACAUCAACAACUGCUUAUGAUGAAACAACACAAUGUUUACCAGCAUUACGUCUUCUACGACAAAUGAUUCAAAUAUGGUUACAAGAUGUUCAUUCAUAUACAAAUAUAUUUGCUGAUAUGCAAUUAAAUCAUUUUUAUCGUUGGUUACAAUCAACAAAAAGUUUACUCUAUGAACCAGCACUUAAACGUACUAUUCAAGUAUUUAUGAGAAAAUUACUUGUACAAUUACUUGUUGAAUUACAACGUAUUGGUAGUACAACAAUAUAUGGAAAUUUAAAUAAAAUUAUUUUAGCAACAAAACGUUGGUCACUUAUUGAUACACGUUUAUAUAUUAAAGUUAUUCUUGAACAUCUUCAAUUUAAAGAUUUAACAUCAACAAUAUGUUUAGAAUUAAAAUCUAUUUAUCAUUGUUUAUGGUGGUUUGAUGAUAAAAAUUAUUGUGGAUUUCGAAUAUGGUCAAAUGCAAAAGGACAAAUUGAUGAUAAUAUUGAUAAUAAUGAUGAAGAAGAAACUAUUUUUGAUUGGAAUAUGAUUGUUUAUUUACCGCGAGUUGUUCAAGAUUAUUUCGAAACUAUUAUGUAA